AUGAUGUUGACUAUCAAAGAACUUGUUUUUAAUAUAGCCACAAAUUCACUAUCAGAUGAUAUUAAUUAUCUUAAUGAAAAUACCAUAUUUGAAAAAGCUGAAGCUAUUGCUAAUGAUGUGAAAAUUGGUGAUAAGAUAAUAAGCAAUAUUACUAAUAAGAAGAUUUCUAUUAAAAAGCCAUUAAAUACUGAAGGAGUUUUAGGAAAAGUAAAAAGUAAUAUCUAUCAUACACUACUUUAUUACUGGAAUACUUCUAAUAUUCACAAUAAUACAAGAUUAAUGACUUCUUUGCUAAAUUCUUAUUAUAAAGAGUUAGAUUUUGUGAAGCUAGAAGAUAAAAAAGAUAAAAUAAUACAGAUGCUUCGUAAUGAGUUUAAUGAGAUAAAAUCCAAUAAUUCACUAUUAGCAGCAGAGCAAUUAGAUCUAAUUAUAUGUUUAUUAGAUGCAGAUGCUGAAUCUUCAAUGUAUUUAUAA